AUGGGGCCGCGGCACCUGCUGCUGCCGCUGCUCCUGCUCUCCCUGCAGCUCCUGGCCCUGCUGCUGCUGCUGCCCGCGCAGGCGGCCGGGCCCCCCCGCGCCAAGGGCAACCGGACCCAGGGGGCGGCGGCGCCGCGGCGGACCCCCAAGCCGGGCAAGGAGCUCCUGAACCAGACGCUGGCGGGCCCGGGGGCCGCCCCCACGGCGCUGCCCGGGCGCGGCAAGGGCGCGGGGGGCGGCAAGGCAGCCCCCGGGGGCGGGGGCGGCGGCGGGGGCUCGGCCCCGGCGCACGAAACGUGCUGGGGGUACUACGACGUGAGCGGGCAGUGGGACAAGGAGUUCGAGUGCAACAACAGCCUCACGGGCUUCCGCUACUGCUGCGGCACCUGCUUCUACCGCUUCUGCUGCAACAAGCGAGCCGAGAAGCUCAACCAGAGCCUGUGCCGCAACUACAAGAGCCCCGAGUGGGCCCACCCCACCACGGCCAGCGGCGCCCUGCCCGCCGACGGCAGCGACGGAGGCGACGGGGACGCCAACAAGUACGACCCGGACAAGGACAGCACCAACGCCACCGUCUACAUCUCGUGCGGGGCCAUCGCCUUCGUGCUCAUCGCUGGCGUCUUUGCCAAGGUGGCCUACGACAAGGCGCGGCGCCCGCCCCGGGAGAUGAACAUUCACAGGGCUCUGGCCGACAUCCUAAGGCAGCAGGGACCAAUCCCAAUCGGACACUGUGAAAGAGAGACUAUCUCGGCCAUAGAUACCUCCCCCAAAGAAAACACCCCAGUCAGAACCUCUUCCAAAAACCAUUACACCCCGGUGCGCACCUCCAAGAGCAACCCAGGUCACUAUGGAAAGGAUAUUUAUCGCAGUGGAGGGCCAGAUCUCCAUAAUUUCAUCUCCUCCGGGUUUGUCACGUUAGGACGAGGACACACGAAGGAUGACCAAGAACAAAAUUAUAAUCACCUGAUACUAAACAGUGCCACCCAGACACCUACACAUGACAAGCCACGAAUGAACAACAUCCUCACUUCAGCCACCGAGCCCUACGACCUGUCCUUCUCCCGCUCCUUCCAGAACCUCUCCCACCUCCCGCCGUCCUACGAGUCUGCUGUCAAGACGAACCCCAGUAAAUAUUCAUCUCUGAAGAGGCUCACUGACAAAGAGGCUGAUGAGUACUACAUGAGGAGGAGACACCUGCCCGACCUGGCAGCCCGGGGCACGCUGCCCAUCAACGUCAUCAAGAUGUCUCAGCAGAGCAACCACCGGGACAGGCCCCGCCGUCCCAUCAGGGCCAUGUCCCAGGACAGGGUGCUGUCCCCUGAGAGGAUCAUGCCCGAGGAGUUCAGCAUGUCCUACGAACGGAUUCUCUCAGACGAGCAGCUCCUGUCGGCAGAGCGCCUGCACUCCCAGGACCCGCUGCUGUCCCCGGAGCGGUCGGGGUACCCCGAGCAGUCCAUGUCCAGGGCAUUGUCACACACAGAUGUCUUUGUGUCAACACCAGUCUUGGAUCGCUACAGGAUGUCAAAAAUGCAGUCCCAUCCCAGUGCCUCAAAUAACUUGUACAAUACCUUGAGUAUGAACCCGACCUCGGCCAAGCGCCAAGCGUUCGCCUCGCGCCGGCACAACACGGUGGAACAGCUGCAUUACAUCCCCGGCCACCACCACCACUACCGCACCGCCAGCAAAACAGAGGUGACUGUUUGA